AAAAAGAAUAUCUUGAGCAAAGCAGAGGGAAGAUUACUGUAGUUUACUGUCGCUACGCAGACCGUCUGCGGUUGACUCUGUAGGUUAACAGCUGUUUCUCAGGAUGGCAGUGGAGUCAAUGUCACCCGACUGGGAAUUUGAUCGCUUUGAUGACGGAUCUCUGAAAAUUCACACAGAAGUGCAGCUGAAAAACUAUAACAAGUUUUUGGAGGACUACACGUCUCAACUGAAAGCUAUAGAGGAAGCCUUGGACGACUCCAUCGGAGAUGUUUGGGAUUUCAGUUUAGAUCCGAUAGCAUUAAAGCUGCUCCCUUAUGAACAGUCUUCUCUUUUGGAGCUAAUUAAAACAGAAAAUAAGGUCUUUAAUAAAGUCAUUACAGUCUAUGCAGCCCUCUGCAGUGAAGUUAAGAAGCUGAAAUAUGAGGCUGAAACAAAGUUCUACAACGGCUUGCUGUACUACGGUGAAGGAGUUUCAGACACCAGUGUGGUGGAGGGAGAGUGUCAGAUUCAAAUGGGACGCUUCAUCUCAUUUUUACAGGAACUGUCUUGCUUUGUUUCUCGAUGCUUUGAGGUUGUGGUUAACCUGGUUCACCAGCUGGCUGCACUGUAUAAUAGCAACAAAGCUGCCACAAAAAUCAUUGAGUCAAGUGGAGUACAUUUUCAGACGGUAUAUGAGCAUCUAGGGGAACUCCUAGUGGUUCUGAUCACCUUGGAUGAGAUCAUGGAGAAUCAUGCCACUUUAAGAGAUCAUUGGAAGAUGUACAAAAGAUUACUCAAAUCUGUCCAUCACAACCCAUCUAAAUUUGCUAUUCCUGAAGAGAAGCUGAAGCCAUUCGAGAAGCUUUUAUUAAAGCUAGAGGGUCAGCUUCUGGACAGCAUGAUCUUUCAGGCUUGUGUAGACCAGAGAUUUGAUAAUACUGAGGAAGGUGUUUUAGUCUCUAAAAACAGUGCCUUUGCUGAGGAGUUUGCUCACAACAUUCGCACUAUCUUUGCCAGUGUGGAGUCAAAACUUGGAGAGCCUGCAGAGAUUGACCAAAGGGAUAAGUACGCCGGUGUCUGCGGCCUCUUCGCCCUCCAUUUCCACAUUUUUCGUACAGUCGACAAGAAGCUCUACAAAUCUCUCUUGGAUGUGUGUAAAAAGGUCCCUGCAGUUACACUGACUGCCAACAUAAUCUGGUUUCCUGAUACCUUUCUGAUCAACAAAAUCCCAGCAGCAGCCAAACUGAUGGAUAAGAAAAGUAUCCAGGCCAUUUGUAUCAGCAGAGAUACAUUCUUGCAACAAAAGGCACAGACUCUAACAAAGGACGUGCAGUCUUACUAUGUUUUUGUAACCUCCUGGAUGAUGAAGAUGGAGGCCAUCUUAUCUAAAGACCAGAAAACUGAUAAGCUCUCUGAAGAUCUGAGCAACAGAUGCAAUGUUUUUGUACAGGGAAUCCUAUAUUCUUACAGCAUCAGCACCAUCAUAAAAACCAUCAUGAACCUCUACAUGUCUAUGCAGCGACCCAUGACUAAGACCUCUGUGAAAGCCCUGUGUCGUUUAGUAGAGCUACUGAAAGCAGUAGAACACACAUUCUACCGGCGAUCCAUUGUAGUGGCAGACUCUGUGUUCCAUAUCACUCAGCAGCUGCAGUCACAAGCACUGGCUGCUAUUUCUACAGCUAAGAAAAGAGUGAUCUCUGAUAAGAAGUACAGCGAGCAGAGGCUGGAUGUUCUGUCAGCUCUGGUGCUCGCUGAGAACACGCUGAAUGGCCCGAGCACGAGGGAGAGAAGACUGGUGGUGUCUCUAGCACUAAGUGUAGGCACUCAGAUGAAAACCUUCAAGGAUGAGGAGCUUUUACCGUUACAACUUGUCCUAAAGAAACUGGACCUUAUUAGUGAAUUAAGAGAGAGGGUCAAAGUGCAGUGUGAUUGCAGCUUUCUGUACUGGCACCGUGCAGUGUUUCCCAUUUACCUGGAUGAUGUUUAUGAUAAUGCUGUGGAUGCAGCUAGAAUACAUUAUAUGUUUAGUGCUCUCAGAGACUGUGUGGAGACUAUGCUAUAUGCCAAACACAUGGAGUCCUGUGAGCAGCUCCUGGAGUGCUUUGACAAAGAGAUCAUGGAGGUCUUCCAUGAGCAUUUGUUAGACAAGUUGUGUAAGGAGAUAGAGAAAGACCUCCGGCUCUCCGUGCACACACACCUCAAGCUGGACGACCGGAACCCUUUCAAAGUAGGAAUGAAAGACAUGGCUCACUUCUUUUCCCUCAAGCCUAUCCGAUUCUUCAAUCGCUUCAUAGACAUCAAAGCCUACGUCACACACUACCUAGACAAAACCUUUUACAACUUGACAACAGUGGCUCUCCAUGACUGGGCCACAUACAGUGAGAUGAGGAACCUGGCCACGCAGCGCUAUGGCCUGGUCAUGACCGAGGCUCACCUCCCCAGUCAGACUCUGGAACAGGGGCUGGAUGUAUUGGAGAUUAUGAGGAACAUCCAUGUUUUUGUCUCACGUUAUCUCUACAAUCUGAACAACCAGAUUUUUAUUGAGAGGACCAGCAACAACAAGCACUUGAACACUAUCAAUAUUCGGCACAUUGCUAAUUCCAUACGCACCCAUGGGACUGGCAUCAUGAACACAACAGUCAAUUUUACUUACCAGUUCCUCCGAAAGAAGUUCUACAUUUUUAGUCAGUUUAUGUACGACGAGCACAUCAAGUCCAGGCUCAUCAAAGACAUCCGGUUCUUCAGAGAAACUAAAGACCAGACGGAUCAAAAGUAUCCUUUUGAGAGGGCAGAAAAGUUCAACCGUGGUAUUCGGAAAUUGGGCAUCACUCCAGAUGGGCAGAGCUACCUGGACCAGUUCAGACAACUCAUCAGCCAGAUUGGUAACGCUAUGGGCUAUGUACGGAUGAUCCGCUCCGGGGGUCUUCACUGCUGCAGCAGUGCCAUCAGGUUUGUUCCUGAUCUUGAGGAUAUUGUAAACUUUGAGGAGUUGGUGAAGGAAGAGGGUCUUACUGAAGAGACUCAGAAAGCAGCCAGCGUUCUAGACAGCGUACUCAGUGACCUGACCAGUAACUCAUCUGAGGGAACAGAGUAUUUCAAAAUGCUUGUAGGAGUUUUUGCCCCGGAGUUUCGCAGUGUGAAAAAUAUGCACUUGAGGAACUUCUACAUGAUUGUGCCUCCUUUGACAGUGAACUUUGUAGAACACUCCAUCAGCUGCAAGGAGAAGCUGAACAAAAAGAACAAAAGUGGUGCAGCAUUUACAGAUGAUGGCUUUGCCAUGGGUGUGGCCUACAUCUUGAAGCUGCUGGACCAAUAUCAGGAGUUUGACUCAUUGCAUUGGUUCCAGGCAGUUCGAGAGAAAUACAUGAAGGAAAUGAAAGCGGUGGUGAAAGAACAGAACGUUCAGGCCACCAACCAAGAUGAGAAACUCAUGCAGACUAUGAACUUAACUCAGAAAAGAUUAGACGUCUACCUGCAGGAGUUCGAGCUACUUUACUUCUCACUGAGCAGUGCACGGAUAUUCUUCAGGGCCGAUAAGACCGCAGCAGAGGAAAUUCAGGAGAAGAAGGACAGGGAGACCCAUAUCAGGAUCUAGUACCAAGCACUGGUUAUUGUGCAGCACAACUCAUGAGCUGACCAUCUACCUGUCCUUGAUAAGAUGCUGACAAAAUAUACAGACUAUAACUGAAGCAUGGAAUCAAAUUUCAAACAAUAGCAAAAUGACACCUCUGCCCUGAAGAACAUUAAAUAUACUUCUGUCAAACUAUUUGUGAUGCUAGUUUGAUUGCAUAGUUUAGUAUUUUUAUUAUUCCCAUUAGAAUAAUAAAAGAUUUAGUACUUGUCAUUUGCUCUGAAAUAAAAUGAGGACAUUACUGAUGUAGUCUUACAAUUUGAGUAAAAUUAAAAACAUAUGACUUAAAGGUGGGGUCUCCGUUGUUUGAAAGCCAAUGUUGACAUUUGAAAUCAGCAAAACAAACACGCCCCUAACCCAAAUGGGUCCCACCCCUGUUUUGAUAGCUCCGCCUCACACAUACACCAGACAAUUAUAACCCAGACAAGUAUUAUGGCGGAACCUGUUGGGGCAGCUGACCGAGGGUAUAUUUUUAUCAAUAAAUGAACUCAAUGAGUAAUACUUUGGUAAUACAAAUGUGUUUUUGUAGUACUGUGUGUUGUACCGUGAAAGGUUUAGCUCCGGUUCAAGCGGAAGACGUUCAGUUCUCUCCAGCGUUGGAAAGCUGAUCCUAUAUUAACACGUCCUACUUCUUGCCUUAUCGUAAGCCUUUCUUCGCUUUCUUUCUUUGUUUUCAUCCUCCAUGUCAAUGUUAAACCCGCUUUCUGCUGAUGUCACACAUGUGCACUGAACACUCUCUCCACCCAUAUUGACAAGACCCGCCCCUUUGUGCUCAUUGGCUACACGUUAGUUUUGUUUUGUUUGGCGGCCCAACGCAGUUUUCUGAAGCAUUUCUCAAACAACGGAGACCCCACCUUUAACAGACAGGCUCUUCUUUUCUCAUUUCAUUUUCCAGCAACAAGCAACAUCACAUUAAUGAGGAAUUCAGUGUUGAAGUAGUGCGGUUAGUAAAUAUAGGACUCAGAAGUUCCAAAAUGCAAUGCAGCUACACGAUGCAGUUACAGCAAACACUCUGCUUGGCUAGUUAUGAGAUGCUGAGCAUGAAGCUUUGGAACCUGAACUGCUUGAGCAGAGUGUAGAGAAGAGGAUGUAAGAGAGAAGGACAGAAUAAAGGACUUAAGCACUGCUGCCUCAUUCUCUUUAUAUAGACAUGAACCAAGGUCUAAAUCUCAGUUGGCUCCAAUAACCGUAGGUAAUCAAAUGGCAUUGUGGGUCAUGUGGGUAAACUUUAGCUGGAGUGAAAAGAAGUUUAAAUUAAUGAAA